CUGAGUUGUUUUACAGCCUGUCUGACUGUUGAACUCUCUACCGGGGAGGGAAAGUUGUGGAAGAUGAACUGAAACCGAUGAAAGGGUCAAAAACCCCGCCAACGGUACACAGCCAAAACCAGAAUGCGGAGCACCGGACAGACGGAGCGGUCUGAACAUGUUUCCAGAGAUGACUGACCUUGAAGCAAAGAGGGAUUUCCAGCCCUUACUUUAAAGCCACGUUCAGUAUAUUUAUUUGUUCCUAACUCUUCCAUUGGUGUUCAUCAUACCAGGAGCACACUCCAGCUGGGAACAAUGUCUUUUUUGACAAGAAAGAAGAAGUUCAAAUUUCAAGUGCACUUUACAUUGGAGGAGCUAACAGCGGUGCCUUUUGUCAAUGGAGUGCUUUUCUGCAAGAUCCGGCUGAUUGAUGGGGGGGACUUUGCCAUUCAGUCAUCCAGAGAGGAGGUGCAGCAGAACUGUGUUCGAUGGAGGAGAAAGUUCUCUUUCGUGUGUAAGAUGGGUGCUAAUCCAAUCACUGGAGUGUUGGACCCCUGCAUCUGCCGGGUCUCUGUACGUAAGGAGCUCAAAGGUGGAAAGGCCUUCUCAAAGCUAGGUUUUGCUGAUCUCAACAUAGCUGAGUUUGCUGGUUCAGGCUCCACAGUUCGCUGUUGCAUCCUGGAGGGUUAUGACACCAAAAACACCCGGCAGGACAACUCUAUCCUCAAGGUAACAAUUGGAAUGACUCUCCUGUCUGGGGAUCCCUGCUUUAAAAUGCCUCCCAACACGACCAAAUCUGUCUCCAUUGGAGACGAAGACCCAACCCUGCAGCUAGACUGUAAGGGGGAGAGCACUGACCCCACAGGGCAGCCUCUGGGGGGCGUCAGCGGGGGGGCACGCACCUUCAAACCCAGACAGUCAUCAGUACGUAGCUCAGGGCUUCCUGAGGAGGGGGAGUGUGUGUCAGAGGAGGUCUUCCACACUGGUCAUAUCCGCAGCUCCAGCCAAGCCAGCCAGCACAGCAAGAUCUCAGGCUACAGCACGGCUCACUCUCGCUGCUCCAGCCUGACUGACCUCAGUCACCAGAGGAACGCCUCCUCCAGCAGUAGUGUUUCCACUGGGUUAGCCCAGAACGCCCCCUCAACCUCCACCGAGCCUCAGCGACAUGCAUCUCCCACCAAACCAGAGAGGCCCCCCCCCCCCUCUGCAGCAGCGCUCAUGUCCAACAGAUCCUCCAGGAGGAAGAAGGACCUGGUGGAGAGGCAGCCCAGCUGUGUGGACGACACCCGCAUCGAUGCAGGCGACAUCGUGGAGAAGAUCGUCCAGAGCCAGAACUUUUCUGACAGCAGCAACAAUGAAGACAGCAACUUGAGACUGUUUGUCAGUAAAGAUGGAACCACCGCCCUCAGCGGGACACAGCUCUCCAACAGAGGAACACCUGGUAUCUUUGAGCCGGUGGUCAUCGAGACUCACUGAGAGAUAUCACCUCUGCAGCUCACCAGCUGGGAAGGAUUGUGUGACAUCAGAUUGUCUGUGACUGUAUGUGCAAGGCUGCAUACUGUUCUUCAGGGCACACGACUUGAAAUAAGUCGACAAUAUAAAUGAGGAAUCUUUAUUAAUUAAUCAGGAGGUACACUGAAACGUUGACUUUAUCUAAAUGUAUUAAGUUGAACCUAUUUAAAUGUAAUAUUAUUGCUUUCGAUUAACCUAAUACAGUUAUGUGAAAUGUGUUGACAUCAUACAUUGAAUUAAGUCAACGUUUCCGUUUAUUCAGUGUGGGAAGGGUGCAAGACAUGAUUACUGUAUUUUCUCAAAUGAAGGAAAAAAAAGGUAUUUUUUACUAUAUUAAAUUAUGCUAUAAGUACAUUUUAAAAUAUUCAGAUUUUCUCCCUGUUGCCAUGUUGAUUUACGGUUCUAGUUGUUUGCUGUUAAUGCAGAAUGAACGUGUCCUCUAUGUAUCUGUUUGACUUUAAAACACUGGCAGCCGUGCAGAGGAAACCUUCCUCCUCUUUAUUGCCAAGCUUCUAUCAUGGAACGUCCAGGUUGAGUUUUGUUGCAGCAGAUGAGCUAGAUGCUCUGAUUUAUCUGUAGUAAAUAUAGCAGUAAUCUAAACACUGCAUUCUAUUUGAGGAUUUACAGUAAUACAAUAAUGUCCUCUACAUUGGGUGUGUGUCAAACCUGUCACUGGCUUAGCAGGUUCAUUGAUCACUCAUUUUGCAGUCCCUGCAGAAUGAUUUGAAAAAAUCAGCUCAAUUUAAUAUUUUCCAGUAUUUCUUUAAGGAAAUUGAAGUUAAAGCUAAAUAUGUUUUCUACAGCACAGUACACAUGUGAGCUCCUGGACCUCUCCUCUUAACUCUUCCUUAACUCCCCCGACCAUCACUGAUCAUUUUUUAUCUAAUGGUUCAUAUUUCUCCCUCGCAGUCAUUGGACAGUCUGAUGAGCUGCAAUGCAUUUUUGGGGCAGUUAGCGCGCGUCUAAUAUACAAUUCAAGAUUAAUGACACAUCCACGCAAAAAUCCACAAACAAUUUGGACAUCAUACUGGUUUCAUUAUUAUGUUAGUCUGGGAUUUGGAACACUGUCAGGCCUUGAAUAGAACAUAGCCAUCGUUCAUUUGUAUUAGUAGUGUGUUCACAUGUAAUAAUGUCUGCCAGAAAAAAGCUUUCGUGCCUGUUAUUGUUAAUGAUGAUGGCAAACAAAACAGAUACACUCAUUUCUUAAAUAAAAACAGGGAGGGGUCUGAACUUUUAUAUCUGCCCUCCCCAUGGAUAAUAUUAUUAGCUUUAGCUGAACUUUACAAUGAAAAGACACGUGAUACAUGUAAAUGCAAAAAAACCAUAAAAUGAUUUAAAGUUCUACAGUUAGCAUUGUUACAACUACAGUUGCACAAUUAAUUUCUUUGACACUUUUGCUAGAGAUGUGUUGGUGGUCACUGAUCAAGGGACCAGUCUGAAACACACCCAGUGACACUUUGACCAGGGCUACGUGAAAGAGUUACUUGAACAAUACCCUGAAACCCUGCAUCCUGGGAACUAUAGUGCAACACUGAAAUAAUGCUGCGUUCAGGAGGGCCUCGUUAACUUAUACAAAUGACUGUUCUGCGGUCCAGCUGAUGCACUCACCUCUGAUGACCACACAAGUCAGAUAUGAUUCUAUCCUGUUAUUUGUUUUUGCAUUUUAUUUACGCAGAUUCUUUUAGCCAAAGCAACUUACAAUACGUGCAAUCAACGAUGAGUAAGAAUCAAGAAUGACUUAGGCCAAACCUUUCUAAUUGUUACGUCGAGGAAUAAGCCUUGUAAAGGCCAGGAUGCAGUGAAAGCAGCUUCCAGAUGUUUCUCCUGCUUGAUGAGCACCUCCUGAACGCAGCACCAGAGCCAUGAAAGGCUGGAACUGGAACAUUAGCUUUUAUUCUUUUAUUAUAUUGUUUAAAACUUGAUCACUAUAUGUACUUAAUAUACUAUUUUGCACAGGUGUACUCUCUGAGGAGGAUUGUUAGAAACCACUAAAUGCAUGGUUGUCUUAAAUGUCAUGUUCUGUUUUUAUUUCUUUUAUUUGUAUUUGAAUGCUUCUGUUGGGGAAAUGUGUAUAUUGGUGUAUCUCACAGAGGCUGCUCUUAUGAGACAGCACAAAGCAUGUAUUCAUAUGGCUGGCCAUAUGUAACCGUCCUUCCUCUGCACUUACUAAGUACUUUGAAUCUGAAUGCUCUUGUAAACUAAACAAGAAUGAUGGAUUUUGUGGUGAUGUACUUGCUUCCUCUUGGGUUGUUAACCUUUGGCUAGAUUCACUCCUAUCCAUGUCAAACCCAGGCUACUCCCUAAGUGCUCCCCAAUAAGCUGAGCUCAGAAUGCAGACUAUUAGAAGAUCAGGACACGAUGAAGACAGGCUGCGAAUAAAGUUCAUUAGAACUGCAUUGUUUGAUUCUAGCAGCAGAAGAAGCAGUCAUUGAUAUAUCACAUCAUGGAGUUGUUAUGGCUGUUGUGUUAGCAAACAAUUGGAAAGAGAACAUUCAUGAGGAAUGUUUAUGACCAUACACACUCUCUUUCUAGUUUGGUCUCAACCUAAUCCUAAAUCACAUUUCUGACUCUUCCCCACUACAUGCUUCUUUCUUCACCAGCUAGUUGCUAUUUUCUUCUAUGUUCACUUUGCUGCUGGAUCGUAGGUCUUCUGAGAUCUUUUUGUUCACAUCAGCAGAUGCUUCUUGUGGUUAGCAAACUGAACAUGUUUAAUGUUUUUAAAAAGUGAUUAUUAUUAGUCGAAAUAGCUUGAACGACACUUCUGAUUAAAAUGAGGUACGAACUCCUGACUGAAUUAGCUUUUGUUAAAGUCAAGGGGUUUUCACUUUUUCCAACCUA